AUGCCUUCUCGAGGCUUCUCCAAUGGCAUAGUAGCGUCCUCCAAUGCCAAGAUGAACUCGGUCGAGACUCCUGCCCACCGAGCUUUCAUAGCUUUGGGAAGCAACAUGGGGGAUCGAGUGGAAAUGAUCGAGGCGGCCUGUCAGGAAAUGGACCGGGCUGGCAUCAGAGUAAAACGGACCAGUUCGCUCUUUGAGACGGCGCCUAUGUAUGUUCUCGACCAGGAUGCAUUCAUGAAUGGCGUUUGUGAGGUCGAGACCAGUCUAGAGCCCCUUGAGCUACUAGACGCCAUUCAGGCGAUCGAAAUUGAUCUCGGGAGGAAGAAGUUGAUCGACAAGGGUCCCCGAUCCAUCGACUUAGACAUUUUGCUCUAUGACCAGCAGGUCUUCUCCCACGAGCGCCUCAACAUUCCGCACAAGUUGAUGCUCGAACGGGACUUUGUCCUACGACCUCUGAGCCAACUCAUCCCUCAUGAACGCCCUCCUUUCCCUGACCACGACACCACUUACCUAUCCCACCUAAACUCCCUCCCUCCGCCAGACCCAACCCCCGUAUCAACAACCUACAUCUCCAAAAGCUUCCCUACCCUCCACUCCACCGACCCCCGCCGUCCCACCCACAUCAUGGCCAUCCUCAACCUCACCCCGGACUCCUUCUCCGACGGCGGCAAGCACUUCUCCGCAGACUUCUCCACCCUCACCACAACCGUCCGCCAAUUCAUCUCCGCCGGCGCUACCAUCAUCGACAUCGGCGGCGAAAGCACCCGCCCUGGAUCCGAACCCGUCGGCGAAGCCGAAGAACUCGCCCGCGUCAUCCCUGCCAUCCGACACAUCCGCACCUCGAUCCCCGAAGCCGCCAACAUCGCCAUUAGCAUCGACACGUACCGCGCGCGCGUCGCAGAAGAAGCCUGCGCCGCCGGCGCCGACAUCAUCAACGACGUCUCCGCGGGCCUCCUCGACCCAGACAUGCUACCCACUAUGGCGCGCACUGGCAAGACCGUCAUCCUUAUGCACAUGCGCGGCAACCCCUCCAACAUGACCAAACUAACCGAGUACCCGAACGGCGUUGUCCGCGACACCACGACCGAGCUGCACGAGCGUCUCGCCGCCGCCGAAGACGCUGGCAUCCGACGCUGGCGCAUCAUCCUUGACCCUGGGCUUGGGUUCGCGAAGGGCCAGUCCCAGGAUCUCACCAUCCUGCGGGACCUGCAGCAGCUCCGGACGCAGGAGAGCGGCCUCGAAGGUCUCCCGUGGCUGAUGGGACCCAGUCGGAAGAGAUUCAUUGGACGACUCACGGGCGUCGAAAAGGCUAGUGAGCGUGGCUGGGGCACUGCGGCUGCCGUGACGGCUAGUAUUGCUGGUGGUGCGGAUAUCGUGCGUGUACACGAUGUGAAGGAGAUGUGGCAGGUCGCUAAAGUGGCGGAUGCUAUCUAUAGAAGCUAA